CAUUUCACUUCGCCCUAGCCCCAGGAGGACGCGUGUCGCGAACUGAAUAUUGCUCAAGCUUGUCAGUGGGGUUUCUUUUUAAUUUUAAAAUAAAUACAAAUUUCUGUUAAACAAAGUUUAAAAAAUACAACAACAACGUACCAAAACCGUGUUUUUCAGAGGAAGUUUCAAGUUUAUUAAUUUUGUGGUGCAAAAGUUUACUCGCUUUGCAAUUAAAAAAAAAUCGUGGACUUUAACUUCUCUAUAUUUUAAUUUUUAUAACCCCAUCAAACUACACGCUCUAAUUCAGCUACAAUUCGUGUUCCUCCAUUAAGAAGAGAAUUUUACAUUUUCAAAAACGGGCAAAAUUGCUGCUACAAAGGGCAAUAGAUUCAACCGCAAGCGUCGGCUAUACAUGGAAGAGGUUAUCGUGAUCAGUGACACCGAGCAGGAAUCAUCAGACAUGGAUAUUGAAACCGAUCAAGACAUUAUUGUCCCCAAGGACACAGAAACUAUCGCUGAGGAGAAAAAGAAACAGGGCAAUGAUCAAUACAAAGCACAAAACUAUCAAGCUGCCCUCAAAUUAUACUCCGAUGCCAUUUCACUAUGUCCCGAUUCGGCUGCAUUCUAUGGCAAUCGUGCUGCAUGCCACAUGAUGUUGUUCAACUAUCAAAAUGCUCUCAACGAUGCCCGCACAGCUAUCCGCAUUGAUCCGAAAUUUGAAAAGGGCUAUGUUCGCAUAGCCAAAUGUUGUACAAUCUUGGGAGAUAUUAUUGGCACUGAGCAAGCCAUUAAGAAACUCGAAGAAGUCGAUCCCUUGAACAGUGCUAUCAAAAUCGAACAACAGUCAUGUCAGCAAUUGCGUCAAAUCGAAAAGACUGUCCAGACUCAGUAUGAAAAUCAAUCGUACAGAAAUGUCGUCUAUUAUCUGGACAAUGCCCUGAAGAUUGCCCCGGCUUGCCUCAAGUAUAAGCUAAUGAAAGCCGAGUGCUUGGCAUUCCUGGGUCGUACCGAUGAGGCAGUUGAUAUUGCUGUAAGUGUCAUGAAGAAUGAUACUACCUCGGCAGAUGCUAUCUACGUACGCGGAUUGUGCUUAUACUACAGUGACAAUCUGGAAAAAGGUAUUUUGCACUUUGAACGAGCUCUGCAGCUCGAUCCAGACCAUCAAAAGGCCAAGACCAUGCGCAACAAAUCCAAAUUACUCAAAGAGAAAAAAGAGUCUGGCAAUGUGCUAUUCAAAUCGGGACGUUUCCGUGAGGCCCUGACCGUCUAUACAGAUGCCCUUGAAAUCGAUCCCUUCAACAAAGAUAUGAACAGCAAAUUGUACUACAAUCGAGCUUUGGUUAAUUCGAAAAUUGGCAGUUUGCGCGAAGCCAUUGUAGAUUGUACAAAAGUCCUUGAAAUCAAUUCGAAUUACUUGAAGGCUUUGCUUUUGCGUGCCCGGUGUAAUAAUGAUUUGGAAAAAUACGAGGAAUGUGUUGCGGAUUAUGAGGCCGCAUUCCAAAUUCAAAAAACAAACGAUAUCAAAAAUAUGCUACGUGAUGCAAAAUUCGCAUUGAAAAAAUCAAAACGAAAGGAUUACUAUAAGAUCUUGGGCGUGAAUAAGAAUUCAACAGAAGAUGAAAUCAAAAAGGCCUAUCGCAAGAAAGCUCUUGUCCACCAUCCCGACAGACAUGCCAACUCAACACCUGAGGAGCGAAAAAUUGAAGAGCUUAAAUUUAAGGAAAUCGGUGAGGCGUACGCAAUUCUUUCGGACUCAAGAAAGAAGAUGCGAUAUGACAAUGGUCAAGAUAUGGACGAACAGGAACAAGGAGACUUCGAUCCAAAUCAAAUGUUCCGGCAGUUUUUCCAGUUUAGUAACGGCAGUGGAGCCUCUUUUGGUUUUGAUUUUUAAUGCAAUUUAAAUUUAAUUACGUACCACCUUUACUUUGCUCUGAUUCUCUCUAUCAAGAUCUCUAUAAAAAUACACAGAGACGUAAAUUUAAAAAAAAAUUAUCCUUUAAAAAUUUUAAAUCAAUAAAUUUGCUGCUCAACAGUAGAAAAGUAAAGAAACAAAAAUAUAAUAAAACAAAUCUUCAGGAUUCUUUAUAAAACAACACAACAUCAAUAAUAAUAUUGUAUUAAACAAAUAAUAAUUUAUAUAAUAAAUUAUUUAAGUAAAUAAGAAUUAUUGUUUCUAUGUCAAACAAACCACAACAAAAUAAAAAUUAUAAAUUGUUAAAACUAAUUAUUGAGAUAAUUUUUUUUAAAUAAAUAUCUAAUUAAUUUCUAUUCAUAUUUUUUUACAAACUUCAAUAUUUGUUUAGUUUGUGAGUAGUCAUUUAUUUAUACACAAAACUUAAUUAGAGACUUGAUAAAAAUAACUUCAAUUUUGUUUUCGUUUAAGAAGAUGAGAGAAUAUAGACAGACUAGAGUUAAAGAAAGAAAUUAUUAAAAAAAAAAGGAAAAUUAUUAAACAAAAGAUAGAAGAAAAUUUAAUAUACAUUUGAUUAUUAUGAUUCCACUAAUAAUUUGGAUGUGAUAUGAAAAAACAAUUAUAAAAAUCAUUCAUUAUGGAAACUUGUUAUCGAUUGUUGAAAAGAAAAACAAAUAAUGUUGGAAAAACAACUAUAUAGGCGAAUACAUAAGUGGAUUUUAUGAUUUUAAUAAUUUAAAUACACAUUUAUGUAAUUUAAUUUAUUUUCUUUUGUUUUUAAUUUUUUUUUUUUAAAGUUUUUUGAUUUUUUUCUUUCAUUUUUUUUACCAUAAUUAUCUGGAUAGUGUUUAUUUACAAUCUACCUUGGAAAAAGAUUAAAUAAAUUAAAAUUUAAAGAAAAAAAUAUAUAUACAAGUUCUUACAAUAACUUGGUUAAAUGUA